AUGCUGAUGGGUCAAUCCCCCUUUGACAAAGGACAAGGCCUCAUGGAAACCUGCAAGGCAAUCGUUGGGCCAGGACUCAGCGCAGUGUCGCUUGAGGAGGUUCCGACAGCAGUGCAUCCUCUACUGCGUGGGCUGAUGCACCAGCAACCAGAGAACAGAAUCUCGUUGGAGGAUUGCCUUUCAUCAAAAUGGGUGUUCGAGCAGGGCUCCCGACGAACAUUGUCUCAACCGAAGGACAUUGAGGACGAGGAAGAUAUAGCAAAUCGCAAGCCUUGUUUCAAUGGAAAUGAGGUUUGUCAGCAAGCUGAUGCGAAAAACAUUGCGGACCCUCCAAAGGAGUGUUUUCGUCCGCAGCUUCCAGCUUCUGCAACUUCUCUAGCCAGGCCACCGCAGCCUUGGGGAGGUGGUUCAACGAAUUCUCCAAGCUCAAGUACUGCAGCUGCAGCAUCAAGCAUACUGGAGGACGCUGAGAUAAGUCCCCUGAGCCCUUUGGUGUUCCCCGCACGAGGCUCAUCUACUUCAAACCCGCCAAGAAUCACAGCUGGUUCUGUCAGUUCGAGCGGUAACGUCAAGGCAGUUCAAGAGGAUGGGGCAACAAGCUUCGGCGAGCGUGAGUCUGUUUCAACCGUGGCCUCUAUGCGCAGCGAGGGGCGAUGGCGAUACCAAGACAAAGAGGUCUUGGCCAAGGUUGAACUUGAAACUCCGCGCGAGAAUCUUAAACUACCAGGAGGCUAUGGAGCCAACGGCAGCUCACAGCUCGAAGAGAAGGUUGCAUCCCAACCGGAUUUAACCCAGGAUUUGGCAAGGACAAAAGACGUGUCAGCUCCUGCGCGAUCAAGCUCAUCACAUGCCGUCCUCCUGGAUGUGGAUCAGAGUGAUGACAGCUCUGAUGAUAUGCCAGAGGGCGAAGAGGCGUUUGGAGCUGCGCUUGGUAGAUCCACUGAAAAACGUUGGAGCCAAGAGAGGCUGAAGGCCCUCGAUGAUGGACCUGUGAGUCCGGUGAAGACACCCUGUCGAUAG